AUGAAUGCCAAAAAGAAUGUGACUUUCUGCACCCCGAGGAAGCGCUCUGCGGAGUUUGGCAAACGCAGGGUUUCCACGGGGAGACGCGGCUCGUACAAACUCCGGAUCAAAGGGAAAGAGACGGACUUCUACCUGUGCAUGAACAGGAAAGGCAAGCUAGUGGGGAAGCCUGAUGGCACCAGCAAGGAGUGUGUCUUCAUUGAAAAAGUCCUCGAAAACAACUAUACAGCACUGAUGUCAGCAAAGUAUUCAGGCUGGUAUGUGGGAUUCACCAAAAAAGGAAGGCCACGGAAAGGGCCCAAGACCCGGGAAAACCAGCAAGAUGUGCAUUUUAUGAAGAGGUACCCAAAGGGUCAAGUGGAGAUACAGAAACCUUUCAAGUACACAACAGUCACCAAGAGGACUAAGAGAAUACGACCCACCAACCCCAGUUAAAAAUAGACAAAAACAAUGUCACAAUAAUAAACCACAAAAAA